ACCACAGGCGCGCUCUCCCCGAGGCCCGGAGGUCUGUACGUUUGAGAACCGGGCGCUGCUUCCCGUACUCACCUGUGUUGGCCUCACCCUCCAGUGCCCACCCGGCUGCGGGGUCCUCACCCACCCCCAGGUCCCGAAAGGGAAGGGAUGCGCGUGUAGUGGCCGCUUCUCCCUCCGUCCUCGGGAAAGCCGGGACUCCUCACCCGCUGGGCACAGAACUCUUCGUGGAGAACUCCAGCCGCCCGGGAUGCAGUGCAGAGAGACGCAUGCCUUUUUGUUUUCUUUCCCGAAGAAUAAAGUUGCACCCUUUGCUUUCCCUUUCUUGUUCCUCGUGAAAACUGCGUAUGGUUUCUUGCUGAGACCAUCCUCAAAGAGGGCAUGCUGACCAAACAGAACAACUCGUUCCAGCGAUCCAAAAGGAGGUACUUUAAGCUUCGAGGACGAACACUGUACUAUGCUAAAACUGCAAAGUCGAUCAUAUUUGACGAGGUAGACCUGACUGACGCCAGUGUGGCAGAAUCUAGCACCAAAAAUGUCAACAACAGUUUCACGGUCAUCACUCCCUGUAGGAAGCUCAUCUUGUGUGCCGACAACAGGAAAGAAAUGGAAGAUUGGAUUGCAGCACUCAAGACUGUCCAGAACAGGGAGCAUUUUGAGCCUACCCAAUAUAGUAUGGACCAUUUCUCAGGGAUGCACAACUGGUAUGCCUGUUCCCAUGCACGGCCAACCUAUUGCAAUGUGUGUCGUGAGGUUCUGUCUGGAGUCACAUCCCAUGGGCUGUCCUGUGAAGUGUGUAAGUUUAAGGCUCACAAACGGUGUGCUGUGCGUGCAACCAGUAACUGCAAGUGGACCACGUUGGCUUCGAUUGGGAAGGAUAUCAUUGAAGAUGAGGAUGGGAUUGCCAUGCCCCACCAGUGGCUGGAAGGGAACCUGCCUGUGAGUGCCAAGUGCAUUGUGUGUGACAAGACUUGUGGUAGCGUGCUGCGCCUGCAGGACUGGCGCUGCCUCUGGUGCAAGGCCAUGGUUCACACAUCGUGCAAAGAGUCCUUGGUGACAAAGUGCCCACUUGGACUGUGUAAGGUGUCUGUCAUCCCUCCCACAGCACUCAACAGUAUUGACUCUGAUGGGUUCUGGAAGGCCACCUGUCCCCCAUCUUGCACAAGCCCCUUGCUGGUCUUCGUCAACUCCAAAAGUGGAGACAACCAAGGUGUGAAGUUUCUCAGAAGAUUCAAGCAGCUGCUGAACCCUGCCCAAGUUUUUGACCUCAUGAAUGGAGGACCACACCUUGGCUUACGAUUAUUUCAGAAGUUUGACACCUUCCGGAUUCUGGUUUGUGGCGGGGAUGGCAGUGUUGGAUGGGUCCUCUCUGAAAUUGACAGUCUCAACCUUCACAAACAGUGUCAGCUAGGUGUGCUGCCCCUGGGGACAGGGAAUGACCUGGCCCGUGUUCUCGGCUGGGGCUCUGCCUGUGAUGAUGACACCCAGCUCCCUCAGAUCUUGGCGAAGCUGGAGAGAGCCAGCACUAAGAUGCUGGACAGGUGGAGUGUCAUGGCAUAUGAGACCAAGCUUCCUCGGCAGGCCUCCUCUUCCACAGUCACUGAAGACUUUGGCGAGGACUCAGAGGUGCAACAAAUUCUCUUCUAUGAAGACUCGGUUGCAGCCCAUCUUUCUAAAAUCUUGACUUCAGACCAGCAUUCCGUGGUGAUCUCAUCAGCCAAAGUGCUCUGUGAGACAGUGAAGGACUUCGUCGCUCGGGUGGGCAAGGCCUAUGAGAAGACAACAGAGAGCUCACAGGAGUCGGAGGCCAUGGCCACGAAGUGCUCUGUCUUGAAAGAGAAGCUAGACUCUCUCCUCAAGACCUUGGACGAUGAGUCUCAGGCUUCAUCCUCCCUGUCCAACCCACCUCCAACUAUUGCUGAGGAGGCUGAGGAUGGGGACGGAUCAGGCAACAUCUGUAACUCUGCUGGGGACCGGCUGAUGGGCUCGGCAUGCCCCUCCCGGCCACAGAUCUUCCGGCCUCGGGAGCAGCUAAUGCUGAGAGCGAACAGCCUGAAGAAAGCAAUUCGCCAGAUCAUAGAGCACACAGAAAAAGCGGUGGAUGAGCAGAACGCCCAGACCCAGGAGCAGCAGGGUUUUGUCCUGGGCCUCUCUGAAUCUGAGGAGAAGAAGGACCUGAAAACUGAUAAUAGGGUGUGCCCGACAUCUGCCCAUAGUGAGAGCUGUGUAGUUGCCAAGGGGAGGAGCCACCGCAAAGCAUCCAGAGCCCCUUGUGAAAAGCUAACGAGCAAAGGUCUGUCCCUUGGCAGCUCUGCCUCACUCCCUCCCCAGACAGGAAGCCGGGAUGGCCUGCCUGCUCUGAACACCAAGAUCCUGUAUCCAAGUGUUCGGGCAGGGAUGUCUGGCUCCUUGCCGGGGGGCUCAGUCAUCAGUCGCUUGCUAAUUAAUGCUGAUCCCUUUAAUGCUGAACCUGAAAACCUAGAGUACUACACAGAGAAGUGUGUCAUGAACAACUAUUUUGGCAUCGGCUUGGAUGCGAAGAUAUCUCUGGACUUUAACAACAAACGUGAUGAGCACCCAGAGAAAUGCAGGAGUCGGACUAAGAACAUGAUGUGGUACGGUGUCCUGGGCACCAAAGAACUGUUGCACAGAACCUAUAGGAACCUGGAGCAAAAGGUCCUGCUGGAGUGUGAUGGGCGCCCGAUUCCCCUCCCGAGUCUUCAGGGAAUUGCUGUUCUCAACAUUCCCAGCUAUGCCGGAGGGACCAACUUCUGGGGGGGCACCAAGGAAGAUGAUACUUUUGCAGCUCCAUCAUUCGAUGAUAAGAUUCUGGAGGUGGUCGCUGUGUUUGGCAGCAUGCAAAUGGCUGUGUCUCGUGUAAUUAAGCUACAGCAUCAUCGGAUUGCCCAGUGUCGCACAGUGAAGAUCUCCAUCCUGGGGGACGAGGGCGUGCCUGUGCAGGUGGAUGGAGAAGCCUGGAUCCAGCCACCUGGGUACAUUCGGAUUGUGCACAAGAACAGGGCACAGACGCUGACCAGAGACAGGGCCUUUGAGAACACUCUGAAGUCUUGGGAGGACAAACAGAAGUGUGAGCUGCCCCGCCCACCAUCCUUUUCCCUGCAUCCUGAGAUCCUGUCUGAGGAGGAAGCUACCCAGAUGGACCAGUUUGGGCAAGCAGCAGGGGGCCUCAUUCACAGCAUUCGGGAAAUAGCACAGUCCCACAGAGACAUGGAACAAGAACUUGCACACGCUGUCAACGCCAGCUCCAAAGCCAUGGAGCGAGUAUACGGCAAGCCCAGAACUGCAGAGGGGUUGAACUGCAGCUUUGUUCUGGAGAUGGUGAAUAACAUCAGAGCGCUGCGCAGUGAGACAGAGCUGCUGCUGGCUGGGAAGAUGGCCCUGCAGUUGGAUCCCCCUCAGAAGGAAAGGCUUAGAGCUGCCCUAGUCGAGAUGGACCAGCAGCUCAGGAAGCUGACAGACACACCCUGGCUCUGCCAGCCCAUGGAGCUUGGUGAGGAAGAGAAUGUGAUGCUGGAUCUUUCUAAACGCAGCCGCAGUGGUAAAUUCCGCCUCGUGACCAAGUUUAAAAAGGAGAAAAAUAAUAAGAACAAAGAAGUUCACAGUAGCCUAGGAGCCCCUGUUCACCUCUGGGGGACAGAGGAGGUUGCUGCCUGGCUGGAGCACCUCAGUCUCUGUGAGUAUAAGGACAUCUUCACGAGGCACGACAUCCGGGGCUCUGAGCUCCUGCACCUGGAGCGGAGGGACCUCAAGGACCUCGGCGUGACCAAAGUGGGCCACAUGAAGAGGAUCCUUUGUGGGAUCAAGGAGCUGAGCCGGAGCUCCCCUGCCGCCGAGGCCUAGCCUCUGCAUUCUCUGCCUGCAUCUUCCGCUCCUCCCGAGACUGAGGCCCAGGGAGGACACUGCCACCACUCAGCCCCUGGCCUUUCUCAUGGUGCUAUUCCCUUUGUUAAUGACAGGAAGCCUGAUGCUCCUUGGUAACAGCUUUGAAGUCUUGAACGUACCAACACAGCUACCUUUGAGAAUCCCUUUCCUAGCUGCAGUCAUGGGGCAGACUGGGGCAGUCCCACUUGCGGCUCUUGCUGACCUGCCUUGUGGGCCACAGAGAAUAUGGUGAAGCCCGACCUCCCAGCACCUGGCACCCCUGCAGAACCUUCUUACCUGGGCCACAUGCUUGGACUGUCCUGUGUACUCCUUUUCAGUGUCCUUUAUUGGUCCUACUGGGCAGUACCAUCGCCACCUCUACUGGGCCUCAGAAGCAGAGUUGGGUCCAGCCUCAGUGGUCCUCACCGGAAUGUUCACUGUGCCUGACAGCCACUCUGUGGUUCUUCACAGCAGCCCCACAAAGGCCGCCCACUGCUAUUGCCCCUUUUGUUCAUGAGUUUUAAUUUUUAGAAACAAAAGUUAUGUACUUUCCUGGUUUGAAAGUGACAUGGAUGUGUUUCCAGGCUUAUUAGAAUCUGUGAAGGACAGGAAAGCCCUCCUGCUUACGCCAGCCAGGCCUUAGGGCACUGGGCUUUCCACUGGGCUCUAAGCAUGUGGACAGUCCAUGUAUCUCCUCAGGAUGCUACAGGCGUCUGCAGUCUAGUCUGGGGCAGACAAGGAUGAGUUUACACUAGCUCAGCAUUACUGUGGAGACCAAGCUUCCUGGGUGCUGGAGACGAUGUAUGCCAUGGGAGAAUGAAUAGUCAGCAGGGGCAGUCUGGGUCCAUCUCAGGUGGCCCAGAGUCUCAGGCUGUGUAGUGGCUUCUUAGUGGUGUGAGGACUCUAACCAUAGCCCAUGCUGCUGCUGCCCUGCCACUAUCUGCUGGGCAGAACUGGUUCUCAAACAGCAGGUGGCACUGUUGGUAGCAGAAGCUCCACAAGGCCCAGACUACAUGCUGUGGGCAGUUCCCAGGUGAGGAUGCCCCUGGCCUUCAAUGCCACUGACUUCCCCUUUUCCCCACUUUCCUCACAGGGACUUGUAGACCAGCUGGAAAGGGCUUUAGCUCAGCCUUGGCAGGAGGUGGGCUGCUGGGCUGUGGUCCUUACCCAGAGAGGACAGUGCCGUGAACUCUGCCAAUGCUGUCCUAUCUGACAGGGGAAGGAAGUGCUGAGCUUGGACUCUGGGUGGGGCCUCCAGCAGCCCCAGCUGAGGAGGCAGAGUUGACAUGCUGCUUGUUCUGCAGACAGACGCCCUGGUCGUCUUCCCUUCCCUGUCAGUUACAGGCAGACCUGAGAGCCCUAGUGGCGUAUGGAGAGCCUACAGCGUAAUCGCUGCUGCACUGUGCCCCAGGCCUAGAGUUCCACCACAGCAACUGCCUGUCUCUGUGGGACCUGUUGCUCAUCAUAUGUGGGCUGGGAGAAUCUCUGCCUGUCUGUGGACUUCACUGCCUCCAUGAAAGCAACCCUGAAUGGAAACAGCUGUCACUUUUCCGUCUGUUCUGUUUCUCACUGAGCAGUCAGUUGAGACCUGAAUGUGAAGGCAGGGAUCAUCUGGCCUCAGAGAAGUCACAGAGCCUGUGACAGACCAACAGAAACUUAGGUGAGGAGGAAAAACAACUGAGGGCAACACUCAAGUCCUCAGUGGCCUCUUGAGAAAGCAUCGCGUUUGGGUGAGGGAUGCUGGAAAUCAGUGUUGUCUAUGACUGACACAGCACUGUUUAUACAGUCAACAAGAAGUGAGAGGCCCAGUCUGAGUGCUGGAGGGGCCUGUCAGAGGGGGAGAGAAGGAAGGAUCCCUGAGGAAUUGGAGAAAAGGUUUUGUGCCUGCAGGUGGGGCUAACCCUCAUAUUUAUAAUCUUAAUUUAUAGUGACCACCUGGAGCCGAUGCCUCUUGUAUUGUUAUGUACAUAGUCCGCAUCAGAGAGUUGUAAAUAAGUUCUUCUCUGUAUAAUAAAAAUAAGCCUGUUUUUGAUCUUC